AAGAGGAAGGACUUGUGUUUCAGGAAAUGUAAAUUACUUCAUCUGGCUUUAUGGCACUGAAGUCUGUGUGUUUCAAGUAUUCCACAUGCUGGCACCAUACACUGUUCCUUCCUGCCCAGGGGCCAUAGUAGGCGGAGUUCAGAGGCUACAUAUAUGAAGCAGCAGCAACACCUUUGAAGGCAGUUUGCCUGUUAACCUGUUGUUCAAGCGUUGCUUAUGACUGUGGCGCUACGACUUCCCAAGAAUGGGGGCGGCAGCUGAGAAGAAUCAAGUGUUUCCAGUUUCCAUGGUGUCUGUCAGAAUUAUAAAAGCCAAUAUCAUCCCCUCAGGAAUUUCAUUGUUUCCAUCUAAUUGCUACGUGACCUUGCAUCUGCCGACAGCAUCGCCUGAGAAAUUCAGAACCCGAACUAUGAAGAACUCUGAUAAACCAGUCUGGAAUGAGACAUUCUAUUUUAGAAUCCAAACUGAGAUCAAGAAUAUAUUACAGCUGGAGGUCUGUAGUGCCACUCUAACCGACAAAGAUGAUGUACAUUUUGUUAUCUUUUUCGAUUUGGAAAAAGUCCGGCCUGGCAUAACAGCUCUUGAGCUAUUUUCCUUAAAACCAGAGAAAGAAGAUUGUCCUCAUGCUUAUGAAUCUCUGGAAGUGGAAUUCAAGUUGGCAGAAACUUCAGGACCUCUCGAGCAACUGAUUUCCAAUGGUGUUUUAGUGGCUCGUGAACUUUCCAUCUUGGAAGUAAAGGUGAAGAAAGAAGAGAACGAGAAGCUUUUGAAAGCCAAGAAAAAUGUUGUGCUUACCAUGCGAGAGUCUUAUGAAGGGACACAGACGACGUCCAAAGAUGUAGAUUCCUUCUGCUUUCAUUGCAUAAAGAGCUGGGGGCCAGUGUUGAAAGCCAACGUUCAGAGCAUUUCAAGUGAGGAGAGGAACGAUUCAGGCUACUCUUUAAUUCUGCCUUUGAAAUUACUUCCAGAGGGACAACAAGUCAAAGUAGCUCUACCUGUGUUGGAGGGUGGAGCUUUGGAUUUGUACCUCAAGGUAAUUGACUGUCCACAGAAUCUUGAUGUGCGUUUGGGAUAUGAGCUUUGUGCUGACGAGCAGGACUUCCUUCGCAAAAGGAAGAAGAUCGUUGCUGAUGCCUUGAAUAAGCUUGUUAAUAUGAGACGAGGACUGUUUGAGGAUGAGGUCCCUGUGAUAGCUGUUAUGGCAACAGGAGGCGGAGUCAGAGCCAUGUCAGGAUUGUAUGGUCAUCUCCUAGCACUCCAGAAACUCAACCUUUUGGAUUGCAUUUCAUAUAUCACCACUUCUUCUGGGUCAACAUGGACUAUGACAGACUUGUACAGAAAUACUGAUUGGUCGCAUGAAAAUUUGGAAGAAGCAAUCAAAGUAGUUAAAAGCAACAUGUUGAAGAGCAAAAUAGAUGUUAUUUCCAUCGAUCGACUGAAGUAUUAUCACAAGGAGCUGGUUGAGAGGGUUAAAAGGGGGCACCUUCGAUCUUUUACAGCUCUCUGGGCCCUUGUUCAAGAAGCUUUCUUACAUGAUAAAGCAAAUGACAGUAAACUCUCAGAACAGCGCCAGGCUUUGAAUCAAGGCCAGAACCCUUUGCCCAUCUACACAGCUAUAAAUGUCAAAGACAAAGUCAGCACCUUUGAUUUCAGAGAAUGGGUGGACUUCUCUCCUUAUGAAGUAGGGUUCCCGAAAUAUGGUGUCAACAUUCGUGCAGAAGAUUUUGAUAGUGAAUUCUUCAUGGGAAAGCUAGUGAAGAAGAUCCCAGAAUCCCGGAUUUGUUAUCUGGAAGGUAUCUGGACUAACAUCUACUGUGUGAAUCUUAUGGAUGGGCUGUAUACUGCUUCAACAAAAGAAGAAUUUUGGGAUCGAUGGGCCAAAGACCUGGCCAAGAGUGAAGAACAUGAAGGAUAUUUCACGAUCUAUAAGCCUCCAAGUUGUGGGCCUGGAAAACUUGGUGAAAUCUUUGAUGAUAUUCUAACUGAUCGUCCUUUAAAAGGGGAAACCCACAACUUCCUACAAAGUCUUGACUUUCAUAAAGACUAUUUGCAACAGAAAGAAUUUAUUGAAUGGCGAGAUACUGUGUUUGAUGCUUCUCCUAACAAGCUGACACCAGUGGAGAAAUCACUGUGCUUAAUAGAUAUAGGCUUUUUUGUUAACACCAGUAUUCCACCACUCCUUAAGCCAGAGAGGAAUGUGGAUGUCAUCAUCAUUGUGAGUUAUGACAUUAGCUCACCCUUCAAGCAAAUACUUUUGACGGCCAAAUACUGUGAAGAGCAAAGUAUUCCUUUUCCAAAAGUUGACCUAACCGAAGAGGACUGGGAGAAUCCCAAAGAGUGCUAUGUGUUCUCAGAUGAAGAUAACCCGCAAGCACCAAUACUGAUUUAUUUCCCACCAGUAUGCGCCUCCUUCAAGGAGUACAAGGCACCAGGGGUGAAGCGCACUCCUUCUGAAAUGAGUGGAGGUGAAGUAAACUUGGGUAAAGACUCGCCUUACAAAACAUUCCAUUUAACCUACAGCGAGGAGGACUUCGACAAACUACUAAACCUGUGCACCUAUAACAUCCUCUGUAGCGAAGACCACAUCCUCCAGGCCAUCCAGCAUGCUAUACAGAAGAAGAAAAACAUUUGGUCUCAGGCUAGAAAGCAAUUCUGUCUCCCUGAGCAGGGCGCCAUUUAGCCCCCAACGCUUACAUUGUGGGAGGUAAUGCUAAGGCAUAGUUAUACCAUGCAGUUUGCAGUGAACACUAGUGAAGUUCCCACCCUGCCUAGUUUGAACAGAUGGCUUCUUUAUUUAUUAAUAUUCCUAAUUUUUGAGCCAUCCAUGUUCAAGUUCACAUACCUGGGUUGUAGCUUGUGAACAAUGUGAGGAAUAUAGCCAGAAGAGCUUCAGGUGGCGAUUCUGGUGGGGCUGGACAACAGUCAGUUAAAGUUACCGAGUCAGUGUGUAACUGAGAUUGUAUGGCAAGGAGUGACAUUGUUGAUACGUUAAUUUGAGAGGCCACAGGGAUUUGUUUAUAAUACUUUGAACCCUCUGCAACGCUAAUGGAAAUGAAGGAGAUGUGUUGGACUUCAGUACCAAUGGAAACUGUGAAGAGGGGAACCUUCUUGCAUCAAUUCCACUAUGAGCAAUUACAUCAUGCCAUACAGAUAUUCUUGCUGUUGUUUCCUAAAGAGGAUUGACACAUUUCAGCUGUGAAUAAAAACCGCCAUUGCUAAAAUAAUUUAGUAUUAUAACUUAAUGAAACCCAUUAUAAUUAUUUGCAACAUUGCCUUGUUUGCUUGUAUUGCCUCUGUGUUUACUCAGAUCUGUUAGUUAACCAUAGUUCAACAAACUCAAUCCACAACACGGCUUAUUUGCUUGUAUUUGAUCCUUUUUAACCCGAAUCUAUAGCUAAAUUUGCCACAAUAGAAGUGAUUCUGGAGGGAGUUAAGUACCCUCUGCAAACACUUAAUUGGAGAUUUAUUGAUUAAUAAAAGACUCUACACCCAUUGAAGCCUAAGUACUUUAAAAUGUUGCCCACUAGUUGCUGCACUGGAGACAGAUAAAGUUAAUGUAUGAGACUCUAGGGCUGGGAAUAGCAGCUGUCUGAUAACCUCAGAAACUGGGUCGGAGACAUGCUGUGGUCAGCAUUCACCGUGUUAGGUUAGACAGAUGAACUGCUAAUCUGACUCAGUAAAUAAAUGUUGCUCUUUUGGUGCUUUGAGACUGCUGCUUCUACCAAUGGUAGCAUUUUUUUAUAUGUAGACUGGCACUAUAAUAUUGCUAUUUGUGCUGCAUGGUUGCUUUGAUAUCCCUCCCCACUAAAUCCUGCAAGUCUGUUUGGACUGGCAGAGAUCAGCAAAGCCCUAUGAAUUGCGAUGUCAGGUGCCCUGAUUCCACAUGCCUGGUUCUUUGAUGAGGCAACCUCUUACACAAAAGCAGUGCAUGGUUGGUGAUUGUAUCUUUGCAUGCAAAACCUGUUGGGGACAAUGGCAAACAGUAAUGUUGUAUAGUUAAAAAGGAAGCCUUCAACUUGUUUGCUGUAAAUUGAAAACACCCUGUAAAAAGCUGGUUUCCAUUGCUUAUGAAUACUCUGGAAGAUGUUACCAUAAACCUGAGGGUAGGCAUGUCAGAUCCUUAAAUAGUGUCAGAAGAAGUUUGUCUCCACAGAACAUUAAGUAUUAAAAACCAGAUCUUCAGCUGUAGCAAAUUAUAUCCACUCUACAGAAAUUAUUUGGGGUCAUAUGAUUUAUACAGUUUCAGAAUCUGGUUCAAAAGUAUUUGCAUCUCUCAUAUAAAAGCAAGACCACCCAGAAAUGGUAUAUUUUCAUCAUCUUGUCAAGAACAGGGACUUGAGAGACAAAGUAUGACCAAUUUUGUUCUAAAGCAGUCAAGGUUAAAACAUUUUUGGUGUGUUUUAAAUAAAGCAUUGCCACAUUUAACAAAGGCAAAAUGAAUAGAAGUAGAUGCAGUGUACUAGGAAGGAACUCAGGAAUUAUUAUUUUUGCUUUAAGAGUAUCUCAGAAAGAACAAAAAAUAUAGGCAGUUACUAUGUGGUGACUAUAACUUCAUAAUAAAACAGUUGCAACAGGAAA